CUCGCUUCGCUCCUCACAGCCGGCUGCUUAUCCCUUCGCGCUACGGAAGCAGCGGCCACCAUGGCGCCAGCGCCUCCCCCAAACCUCCGCUAAACCCCGGGGCCAUGCCCGCCGCCUCCUCGUCCACCACCAUCGCCGGCUCCCAAAAUGCCUCCUCCGCCCACGGCCAGGCCGCACCCAAACCCUCCUCUCCUCCUCGCCCCCCUCCGCUCCCCGCCCGCGCGCCACCUGGCCCCGCGGAGUAGGCGCCUCAGCUCCUCCACCACCCGCGUGGCCGUCUCGCCGUCGCCGCCGCCUCCGUCGUCGGCGACCUCCACGACGCCCUCCGACACGAGCGCGGCGCUGCGGGCGCUCUGCGUGCACGGCCAGCUGCCGCAGGCGCUCUGGCUGCUCGACUCCUCCCCGGAGCCGCCCGACGAGGACGCCUACGUGGCGCUCUUCCACCUCUGCGAGUGGCGCCGGGCCUCGGACGCCGGGAUGCGCGCCUGCGAGCACGCCGACGCCGCGCACCCCACCUUCGGCCUCCGCCUCGGCAACGCCAUGCUCAGCAUGCUCGUCCGCUUCGGCGAGUCGUGGCACGCCUGGGGCGUGUUCGCCAAAAUGCCCCAGCGGGACAUCUUCUCCUGGAACAUCAUGGUGGGCGGCUACGGCAAGGCCGGGUUCCUGGAGGAGGCGCUGGACCUGUACCACCGGAUGCUCUGGGCCGGGGUCAGGCCCGACGUCUACACCUUCCCCUGCGUGCUGCGCACCUGCGGGGGCGUCCCCGACCUGAGGAUGGGGAGGGAGGUGCACGCCCAUGUCCUGAGGUUCGGGUUCGGGGUCGAGGUCGACGUGCUCAAUGCGCUCGUGACCAUGUAUGCCAAGUGCGGGGACGUCGGGGCAGCACGGAAGGUGUUUGAUGGUAUGGCCUUGACUGACUGCAUCUCGUGGAAUGCGAUGAUCGCUGGGCAUUUUGAGAAUCAUGAGCGGGAGGCGGGGCUGGAGUUGUUCCUUAACAUGCUGGAGAAUGAGGUGCAGCCGAAUCUCAUGACGAUAACCAGUGUGACUGUUGCGUCCGGAUUGCUGUCUGACCUUGAUUUUGCAAAGGAAAUGCAUGCGUUAGCGGUAAAAAGAGGUUUUGCCACUGAUGUUGCGUACUGCAACUCUUUGAUUCAGAUGUAUACUAGUCUUGGGAGGAUGGGGGAAGCAUGCACGAUAUUCUCAAGAAUGGAGACCAGAGAUGCCAUGUCAUGGACAGCCAUGAUAUCAGGGUAUGAGAAAAACGGCUUCCCAGACAAAGCUCUUGAAAUGUAUGCACUGAUGGAAGUAAAUAAUGUAAGUCCUGACGAUGUCACUGUGGCAAGCGCUCUUGCUGCCUGUGCUUCCUUAGGGCGAGUAGAUGUUGGCAUCAAGCUGCAUGAGAUUGCUACGAGCAAGGGCUUCAUCAGGUACAUUGUAGUUGCAAAUGCACUCCUUGAAAUGUAUGCAAAGUCCAAGCACAUUGAUAAAGCUAUUGAAGUUUUUAAGUACAUGCCUGAAAAGGAUGUAAUAUCAUGGAGUUCAAUGAUCGCGGGCUUUUGCUUUAACCAUAAGUGCUUUGAGGCUCUGUUCUGUUUCCGGCAUAUGCUGGCAGAUGUAAAACCCAAUUCUGUUACUUUCAUUGCUGCUCUUGCUGCUUGUGCUGCUACUGGAUCUUUGAGGUAUGGUAAAGAGAUUCAUGCACAUGUUUUAAGGCGAGGUCUGGCAUCUGAAGGUUAUGUACCCAAUGCUCUUCUGGACUUGUAUGUGAAAUGUGGCCAGACAGGCUAUGCUUGGGCACAGUUCAGUGCACAUGGUGAAAAGGAUGUUGUAUCAUGGAAUAUCAUGCUUGCUGGUUUUGUUGCUCAUGGACAUGGAGAUAUUGCUUUAUCAUUCUUCGAUGAGAUGUUAGAAACUGGAGAGCAUCCGGAUGAAGUUACAUUUGUUGCUCUAUUGUGUGGUUGUAGUAGGGCUGGAAUGGUUAGUCAAGGUUGGGAACUUUUUCACCGCAUGACUGAGGAAUACUCAAUUGUUCCAAAUCUCAAGCACUAUGCAUGCAUGGUGGAUUUACUGAGCCGUGUUGGGAGAUUAACAGAAGCUUACGACUUCAUAAAUAGAAUGCCCAUCACACCAGAUGCUGCUGUAUGGGGAGCCUUGUUGAACGGAUGUCGGAUACACCGGCAUACUGAACUUGGGGAGCUUGCUGCCAAAUUUGUCCUUGAGUUGGAACCCAAUGAUGCUGGAUAUCAUGUUCUUUUGUCUGAUUUAUAUGCUGAUGCUGGCAAAUGGGCUGAAGUGGCUAGAGUGAGAAAAACCAUGCGAGAGAAGGGAUUGGAGCAAGACUAUGGGUGUAGCUGGGUUGAGGUUAAAGGAGAUAUCCAUGCAUUUCUUACAGAUGAUGAAUCACACCCGCAGAUGAAAGAAAUAAGUGCUGUUCUACAUAGCAUAUAUGAGCGGAUGAAAGCAUCUGGUUUUGAUCCUGUUGAAUCUUAUUCUUUAGAAGAUAAAGAAGUAUCCAAGGAUGAUGUUUUAUGUGGCCACAGUGAAAGACUAGCUGUCGCUUUUGGUCUGAUCAAUACCACACCUGGCACCUCUAUUUUUGUCACAAAGAACCAGUACACUUGCCAUAGCUGUCACGGUAUACUGAGGAUGCUUUCUAAGAUUGUUCGCAGAGAGAUAACUGUCAGGGACACCAAGGAAUUCCACCAUUUUAGGGAUGGAAGUUGUUCAUGCGGAGGUUCAGGCUAAGAAGACUAUAACAUGCGGUCAUGUGCUAAUCUCACGUCAGUUCCGAAUCACCAGUACAUAAGUCUUUGGCAACAAGCAUUGUGAACUUGAUAUAUAUAGUCACUAGCAAGUAGAAGGAUAGCUUCGAUACGGCAACAUGCCCACCAUCAGGCUGCUUGCUGCUUAGAUAAACAUAGCUUAUGUUUUGGGUUAUGCGUAGAAGCUCCAUGCAAAUUUACAGCUUGGUACAUGACAAAAGAUGGUGAAAAGUUAUCGGAGAUGCUGGGAAUUCAGUUCCAAUAUAUCUUGACCUCACAGAAAUCUCCUGAAGUAAUGCUUCUUGGAGAUGAUAUUUGCUUCCAACAACUUGCCAAAAGAAAUAUCAAAUGCAUGGGGAGCAUUAUCCAGAAACCACCAACACUUUGUGCCGCCACCAGAGUUUGUCUGUGUAUGAAUGAACAUCCCACGCUUUCAGGUGAUGCUCCUGCAGUCCUGUUUAAUAUCAGAUUGUCAUCCUCAUCCGGCAGCAGCGCAGUUCAUCCACAACACAGGUGAUGCUCCUGCAGUCAUGUUUACCAAUACAUCCUUGACCGAAAUAAAUUGUCUAUAAAAAAAAACUGUGGCAUCAAGAGACAUGCAUGUAACAAACAAGCAGUAGUAUUAGGGAAACUCAAGAUAUUAUUAGACAUAUGGUCCAGACAAGGAAAAAACCCCAACUGGACCAACUAACAACCAGGGAAACCAAUACACAACUAAACCGUACAAUCUAUUAUGAUUUCUACACAAUUGGAAGGCCACGGGCGCACCGCAGCCAUCUAGUGUCCGCUACAUCAAGGGCGGCUCAGCCUGGAUGUACAGGCAACAAUAAAUGGUGGAUAGGAAGCCUGGCAUGGAAGAAGAAGGAAGGAAAAUUCAGCAGCCCAAGAGAGCAUCGACUGGCCUCCUUUUCGGGUGAGCACAGCUCACGGCACGAUAUGAUCAUCAUCUGGGGGGAAAUAAGUAAAUGCAUCCCUAACCCCGUGGCUAUUCAAUGGGUUUAGGUUAGUUAGCAGGUCCCGUACGUGGAAUGGGAGGGAGAGGAGAAGAGAGGAAUUAAAUGGGGGCAUGCCAUGCAGAUUAUGCAAGCAAGCAAGCAAGCACAUCAAUUGCAUGCUGGAACAGUUGGUUGUUGCUGCUGCUGCUCCAAUCCAUGCUUGUUUUGUAUCCUCUUUUUCAUGAGCUUCUAGAACAUCUUUUAUUUGUGCGUGUGGUUGUGACUUCUGGGAGUACAUGCAUUCCACCCAUUUUAUUGUCUAGGGCGGUUGGCAACAUUUAUGGGUUGUUGAUUCAUGCAAUGUAGUAGUACUAGAAUUGAUGUAGGAGGAGGCGCGUUAGUUUUGUUUGGCCUGAUCACUUCUUAUUUUAUGUCGACAAAUUUGUGGUGAUUUUUGCACACGCACAAACAAAAAACA